GGUCGUCGAGCGGGAAAAUAAGCGCGCGAAUUCGAAAACCCCAAAUAAGUUUAAAUCACUUUGCGGGCGGUUGUUUGAAUGCUACGAAAGUGAAUAAACUUGGCAUCUCCAGACUCUGAUUCUGAAUCUGAAUCUGAAUCUGUGAAUUCCGGUCCUUACUUCCGCGAAUGUGUGCCAACUGGGAUGUGGGCGUGUCCGCCCCCUUCCCGCAAUAAAGUGAAGUGAGGCGAAGUGGAGUGCAAGUAUGCCUCCCUUUUGUGAAAUCCUGUGAGCUACGACUGUGAGUGCAAUGUGUCUUUUAUAAAUCAAGGAAAAUCACAUUUUAAAUUGCUGCGCAUUAGAACGGAUACAGAUACAAAGGCAGGGCCACAAGGAGGCAGUCAGGCAGCCAGGCAGCCAGGCAGCUAGGCAAGAUCGAAAGUCAAACGCCGCCAAACGUUGAUUGCGUCGUCGUCUAUCCACGAAACGUGAAAAAUGAAAAAAAAGAGCGAACAAGAACGUGAAGGAUUUGACUGAUGUGAAUGGAGUGAAAGAUGUGACCUGGCCUGGCCUGGCCCACGUCUCCAUCCCCUUCCCUUGAAUGUGGCACGUGCUAUUGUUUGGCCCCCAUCUAUUUCAAUUUGAUUAUAUUGAUGAGCAUAUGAUGUAAUAUAUGGAAACGUAAUCUGAUUAGAGACAGACUUGGGCUCACACCUCUGCUUGGCUUGGCUUGGCUCAGAAAUCGUGCUCUCCCAUAGACUUUAAAACUCAUUAAUGUGCAAAGACGCCAAUCCACCAGGACUUUGGUAUCAUUAUGAAGGCAGAAGGCGAAAACAAGCAGUGGAAAGCUGAAGCUUACAAUGAUGCCUUCCAAUCAAUAAGGGCGUUGAGACAGGUGACACACUCGGGCAAGAUAUUGGAUAGCAGUUCUAAAAAAAAAAGCGCUAGAAAACAACGAAAAACGAGAAAGGAUUUUAUGCUUGGCAACGCAAAGCAAUUCCACAAAAAUAUCACAUAUCCCGCCAGUGAAAUAACAUUUAAUAAUUGAGCGGAAUUCAGACACAACAGAAGUAAUAACAAUUGUAUUGUCCUAGGAACUUCGUUAGCAAGUGUAGUAAAAGACAAAAACUGUGUCUAAUUAAACAAGAGCUGUUCUGAAGACAUGGCCAAUUGGGACAAGUUUUUCGAUAACGUAGAGAGCCAGCUACGAAUGGCACUUAAAUUUUUUGGAAACUAUAAAAGCACUCCGACUUCUAAGCUGACCUCGGAAAUCAUAGUUUUUCCCAUAGUAAAAAAUAUUUUCGGUAUUGAAUCAUCAUUGUCAAAAUCACAAAAUAAAUUUGUUUUUGAUUAAAGCUGCAUUUAAGGACUUUUGCAUUUGGAAUUUCAGAAAUCGUCUGCUGUUUAUUUUGUUUAAAUUUAAAUUUUGAAAUCAACAAAUAAAAAGCUUUACUAUAAAAAUUAAAAAAAAAAUUCAAAGGAAAUUGAAUCAGUUUUUUAAGCUCAUACGGACAUUUUUAAUCUUUGAAAUAGAAAAUACAAGCCAAAAAAAUUAUCUUUUUAGGACCACGUGUACAUUACUUACAUAAAGUGAAUGUACCCUUUAAGCUAUAACCUAAUGGUAAUUAAGAAUUGUUUUUGAAAUAGGUUUUAGGGUGGCAAGUGACACAUACAAUUAUUUGAUAACAGGUUUCUUGUCUUCUGUUGGAAAGCAAAAUACACAAGGGCACCUAUACAUAAAUUAAAUUCAAGCGGGAAAAACAAUCUCUAUUUUGGCACUUUUGGCAAGAGAGCACUCUUUCACACAACACUGCUAAUGUCUAUUAGGAAAAUCUCGGAAGCUAAUGACCGGAUCUUUCGCUCGGAAAUAAAUAUCAAUUUGUUGCUUAGCACCCCUAAUUACACGUUGGUCCACAUCGGCAGACAUCCUUCUAAUCGCCCCAUUUUGUGGAGUGCAAUAAUGCAUUAGGACUUGCGAUUUUUUUUUUUUUUUUUUUGCUAUUUGGGGACUUCGAUUUGCCAGCUCCGACCGGAUAAAUGGGGAUCUAGCAUUCAUUUAGAGGAAUCGACACAGUUUUGUGGGCAUAACGACUUUUUGGCCAACAAAAAAUAGCAAACAAGCCAUUAAAAAUUUGCCAAACUCAGCAGAAGUGGAGGAAUCCGAACUAAUGGAGAGUGGAAAAGGAGGAGCAUGGGGGCCAUGCAAUUCAUUAAUUUAUUGACUUAUAAUCAAGCCAGGCCAAAACUUAUGCCCAGAGGCAGAGCCGGAUAAAUAUCCAUUUAUCACAUAAACAGAAUUCUAACGGCAAUGAAUCCUUGGUGGUUUUCUGCAUUCCUCUGGCCGAACUUAUAUUUUCGCCUUUCUAGUCUGGCUGCUGCGGUUGGCUUUGCCAAAUAAAGCAAGAAACAAGUUAAAACAUACGUUCUCUGCGGUCUGACUCGGUGAAACAAAAACAAAAAUUGUGGACCAGAGGCGGAGGAAGACAGUCACGUCCGUACUACCAAAAUCCCCUUCCCCUGGGUGAAAUGUGGUAUGCAAAUUCAACCGAGAAGACUUCAUAAAAGCAAUGCAAAUAAUUAAAUAAAGGAGCCAAAACAAACAGCACGAAGCAGGAGCAGAAUGACAUGCUACUUGAGCUGGCGAAACUUGGAUUAGCUAGCUGCGAGAGAAAUAAGUGCGACAACCGAGUGAAGCCCAAGCCCAAGAAAAAUGUCCUGGCGGGAAAAGGAGCGCUGCGCAGGGGGCGACGCCGGUGGACGCGGGGCAGGCAUCCUGGCCGGGAGGAGUCCGGGAACUGCCAGCAUACUGUUGGCAUUUCUGGCAGCUGUCAGCUUUCGUGGCAUGCGAGCGCCGCUGGCAGCCACGGCCACUCCCAUGGAGAACGCAUCGCUAAUUGCUCCGCCGGCGACUGGUACAACCACAAUGGCACUGGACACGGGCUCAACAGGAUCUCCUGUCCUGAUGCUGGGCGACGGCCAGCAGGAGCUGGAGGACACCACGGUGCUGGAUUCGUGGAGCGACAGGCCGGACACUGCGACGCUGACAAAGGGCUUCUCGAUUCCCACGUAUUUGCCGCCGUUUCCCGAGUUCAUUCCCGCAGACAUACCACACCGACAGCAGAACGCCACUCCCGGAGCACCUGUGUCUGUGCAACCUGCAGACAACAGCCCAUCCGGCAGUGCCAUGCCGUCACCCAACGAGCAAUCCCGUCUGCACGCCUACGACAGCGAACAAAAGGCCCAGCAGCUGCGGCGCGAAAAGGAGCUGGCCAAGGAGCGGGAACUCCUGCCCCGCCGCCAGCUCAGUCUGCCCCCGCUGAACGCCACCGUCCAAGCAGGCCAACACGCCUAUCUGCCCUGCAAGCUCAACCAGCACUCCGGUAAACCGCUCUCCUGGGUGCGUUUGCGCGACGAACAUAUCAUUGCUGUGGAUCAUACAACCUUCAUCAACGAUGCCCGCUUCGCAUCGCUGCUCCAGUCGUCCACAUCGACGACGAUUGUGUCAGGAGUUGCAACUACCGAGAACCCCUCGGUUGCCCCGAGUAACGUCUCCGCCCAUGGUGGUCCGGAUGUUCAGGAGCGGGGAAAUGGCAGCAGCCUCAGCUGGACGCUGCAAAUAAAAUACGUGAAAGUGGAGGACGCCGGCUGGUACGAGUGCCAGCUGGCAACGGAGCCCAAAAUGAGCGCCAAGGUGCAGCUGUUUGUGAUAACACCCCGAACUGAGUUAAUCGGCGAUCGACAGCGCUUUGUGAAGUCCGGCAGCAAAGUAGAGCUGCACUGCAUCGUACGUGGCACCCUAGAGGCCCCAAAAUAUAUAUUCUGGUACCGUGGCGACCAGCAAGUAACUGCCGACAAUGAGGCAAGCGGUGUCCAAAGCGGAUGGUAUACGCAAAUCGACAGGAAUAUCUUCGGCAGCACCGAGCACAAUCGAAACACGAUUGGUUCACUGGUUAUUCCACUUGUGCGCAAGAUUCACUCCGGCAACUACACGUGUGAGCCGGAAAACAGUGCGGCAGUUUCUAUGCAAUUGCACGUUCUGAGCGGGGAAUACUCUGCCUCCGCCAUAAAGUCGGCAGCUGCAGGCCUCCAUAGACUGGGUCACGGCUACAGCAGUCUUCACCAGUGGCUGAUCUUCCUUCUGGUGGCCCUGAACAAAACAUGAGUGGUCUGGACGAAAUCCUUUUAAGGAGAGCGCUGGAAUUAUCAUCCGAUCGGGGUGUAUUGUCUAAGACAUUAGUUUAAUUUCUAGGUAAAUUGCACUAACACUCAAACGAUUGCCAUUGUUUAUUCCGCUGACACUUCUUAAAGUCUAAGCUCAAAUUACCAAAUAUAAACAACAUUUUUAUACAAAUUCUAGACUUAACAUUGUUUUGCUUUUCUCUAGCAAUUAGGUCUAGAUAAUUAAGAAUUAACCUAAGCAUCUAAUUCCGAGUAACGAACAUCUAUUUGUUAUUUGCGUAAAUAAAGCCUAAGGCGUCUUAUGUAA